AGUGCGAAGCACGCGACACAGUCAUCAGGCGAAGGAUAGACUCGUAUUAGCGUCCAACCGGGGCGGUGUUUUCGGCGCUACUGAACUAGGCGAGAAAAAUGAACAAGACAAUUGCCACCGCCGCUUUGCUGCUACUUGCCGCUGCCGCAGUAUCGUCAGCAUCCGGAGAGGACAUCGGGCAAGUCCCCGUGGGCCCGCUUGCGAAGGACGUAGAAGUGGGCGGCUUUUGCCGGUUUAGCGGCGAGUGCCGUUCGAAGUGCUGCGUGAAGGUGUUCCCCAGGGGCGACCAGGCCGGCAGUCCGAGGCAGUGCCGGCACUUCGCUGAACCAGGCGAGCCAUGCAGCGACGAGCAGAUCAAGGGAGGCGUCUACGUGAACGGAUGUCCCUGCCGCGUCGGCCAGUGCGGAAGGAACGGCUACUGUCAAUGAGAUGGGCAGAGACGCUCUCAAGUUUCUUGGGGCAGCUGAAGGCGAUGCCACAGCCUGUGCAGACUUCGAAAUGCGGAGGUUAAUAAACG